CUCUCACUUCACUCGUUGACUUUGCUCCCUUGUCGUGUGUAGCCUAACAAAAUUUUCUCACUCGCUUUGUAAAAUUGUUUUUUCCUUUUUUGCAACAUUUUGUACGAUAUUGCUUUUGUUUUUUUGUGCAACUAUGUCGAACUUUUUGAAGAUUUGUAAGCUGGGGCGUUCCGUGCUAUUGACCAACUGUCGCUUGGCCAAACAAAUGCAACGAACGCUCGUUGUGUCCGCAAUGCAAAUGCAACACUUGAAGGACGAAGCUGUGAAGCAAGAAACACCCAAGGAUGAUAAGCUGAAGACGGAAUCGUUGUCCCCGCCACAAGGUUUAACGGCGCUGCAACGCGAUUUACUUGAGCUGAUUACGGCGGAAAUUAUUGAAGAACGUCGCAUGCAAGUGCCGCUGAAACCGCCUUACAAGAUUGAUGAUUUUGUCGGUCACUUUACGGGCUCCAAGGUGGAGUUGGUGAAACAGUCGUCCGACGAGUGCAUCAAUGUGUUCUUUAAUGUCAGCAAGAGUGUGCCAAAUCGCAAUGUGGAUAAUGAAGCUAGCGGAGGCGAUGGCGACGUCGAUAACGAUGGCGGCGGAGAUUGUUCGACGACGGUGCGAAGUGUUCCCAAAUUCGAGGUGUUAAUCAAGCGCAACAAUUUGAUGCUCUCCGUAUUCUGUGUGUUCAAGUCGACGGCCCUGGAGGACAUUGAACCAGAGCAGCUGCAAAAUGAUCUAUUCGAGAUACAAGAUUUGUCGCUAUACAUGAAUGGUUGGAACGACAGUUGCUUCACGGUGGAUGCAUCGUUGAUUGAUGACGAUCUGCAAGCGAUGUUGGUCGAGAUGCUGGAGGAAAAGGGCAUUACCCAGGAGUUUGCACGCAAACUGUCCGACUUGGCAACGGCACGUGAACAUGCGCUGUAUAUCGAGUUUCUUGAGAAUCUAUCAAAGUUCACUGUCGGCCUACCGCAGCCCAUCAAAGAGGCAAAUAAUUAAAACCUAAUUGCAAUUAUACUCGAAUGUUAUGUGCUCAAUGAAAAAUAAAAAUCGAAAAUGCAAACUGCAAACUGCGCUUUCAAUGACAUUCAAAAGACGCGCUCGCGCUUUCAACGGGGUGGCAACGCCGCUUAAAGUCCCCGUUAAGUGCAGCAGUCGAGCUUUGGUUGGCUGGCAACGCCGUAACCUGUGACGACAGCAAGCAAGCGAGCGAGCAAAAUGAAAACAUCAAACACAACUCUAUGCAUUGCUCGGGUCGUUGUCGUUGUCGUUGUUAUUGUUGCAGAGUGUGCCAAAAUAAAUACUGAAAUUAGCAGUUGUAGUUAGUUUUUCUUUCUGUUUUGCUUUUUUUCGUUGAUAAGUGCUGUCGCUGUGUGUGUGUGUUUAUUAUGCUUAGUCACGGAUUUCGCAUUCACAAUUUGCAGUACGCAAUUUCUGCGUAAUUGAAAUUUGUAGUUAACCCAACAGCAGCAGCAGCAGCAGCAGUUGGAAAAAAAAAAUAACAAAGCAAAGCAACAGCGCUCUCACAGUUCCGGACGCAGUAAAAAGUUCUUUGUCUGCGCAACGCGAGCAGAGGCAGCGGUAGCGGCAGCGGACUGCGACGUCGGUCUACGCUGCAUGCGUUCCCCGUUCGUUGUACACAAUUCGCAGUUGUGUGUUGUUUUGUUGACAGUCACAGCAGAGUAAGAGCGCAGUAAGCAGCGCGUUGACAUCGCGAGAUAGAGUCGAGAGCCAGGCAGGCAGCAAGAAGUUGACUGCGACGUCAGCAGUGACUGCGCUGACUCGCUGUAAUAGUUGGAGUUGGUGUGUGCAAAAUACAUAAACACAUACACACAUCCACACACAUGGUAUAGUGAUGUAUGCGUGUGAGAAAUGCAAGUGCAGCUAAACAAAGCAACAGCUUACCACGCGCCAUAACAACAACAAGAGCCAAACAGUCAGUCAAACUGAGCGUUGCAACGCGGACGUCCCACAGCACACAAAAA